AGGAGAUUUUUAUCAGCUGAUUUCUCUAUUGAUGAGAUGACGGAUUUGCUGCAUCUGGCGUCUGACGCGGAGAGGAACCUCUUGCCCACGCUGUCGGGGCUCAGCAGAAACGAUAUCAACAGCAUUUGGGGUUACGUUGCGGAGUACAUAGAACAUCAAAUGACUUCACAGAAGGGUGUCCACGUGGCCGGCCUGGGCACCUUCUCUUUCUCCCAGCUACAGCUGGACCUGGGAAACAAGAUGGCGGUGAUCCAGAGACCCAUCUUCCUCCUGGCUGAGAAGCUGGUCCAGACCCAGAACCUGAGGCAUAAGAGACCCCUGGCCACAGCAACACACAUCGCCGUGGUGGCGCUGAACUACGCGGCCGUCUCGCAGGUCGGCCCGUUUGAGCGGGAGGUGGUGGAGGGGUGUGUCCGCGAGACCCUCCUCCUUCUCCCCCGAGCGCUGGCCUCGGGAGGUCCCGCCCACCUCGCCCUGCAGGGGGUCGGCACGCUGUCAAUCAGGAACCACAAGGUGGGCAUGAAGUUCAACAGGGACUUUGUGAGGACCCUGGACUCUACCGGAAGACUCCUGCUGGCCCUGUCCAACAGACCUGGUAGCAGUGUGUCUCUGAUGUCAGCACGCCUGAGCCCCGCGGGCUCCACCAAACUGCCCUCCGUCGUGUCCCCCCAGAGAGGGACCCCGUCUGGGGCCGGAGACGGACACAGGCCCCUACCGGCCCCGGACAGCACGGACACAGCAGGGCCCAGGGAUCCCAGACCCAGCCGACCUGACCCCGCUGAGAAGUCAGGAGUCCACGGGGUCCACCUCUCUUGGGGUCCGAAGAACAGCGACUACCCCCCACAGGCGGCUAAGAAGAGCAGUGUCUCCUUUUCACCACCAGAGGGAGUAGUGACAGAGGAAGCCCCUCACAGAGAAACGAGGUGCACUGGACACACCCGUGCUGGACAGGAGCUGUGUUACCUGUGCAUGCAGCGCUCCCAGAGGAACGUCCCCCUCUACCUGCGGGAGGCAAGGAGGGCGGAGGAGGUGGAGCAGGAGGUGCUGCUCCUCCUCAAAGGUCAGCAGGAGGAGGAGCUCUACCUGCAGGGAGAACAGGCUCAUUUGGGCCAGCAGAGGGCGUUCUCAGAGCAGGUGGCGGCGUUCAACCUGGGGGCGUCCAAGACCCUGAAGGAACAGAGAGCCCAGAAACCCCAGUUCCACGGCUCCUACCUCUUCACCGAGCGGCCCCUGACGGCGGCCCUGCAGGGGGCCCGGGGGUGGGGCCACCUGGAGGGGCUCCGGGACCAGCUGCUAAGCCAGCGGAGCCGCGGCCGCCGGGCCCAGCAGGAGAGGCUGCUCCUGGAGAGGGUGGACCAGGCCCAGCUGGCCCAGGAGGUUGCUUUGCAGAGGAAGCAGCAGUUGCUUCAGAAACAGCAGAGAGUCGACCACUACCGAAGAGCCCUGGACUUACAGGUGGAACACGGCAGGGGACCACAGUGUACGCAGGACCGGCAGCCAAUCAGCACUGGGAUUGGGCGGUGGGAGUCGGAAGCCACGGCCAAUGAGAACCGAGAAAGAGCGCAGAAGGUGUCCCAGGAGCAGCUAAUGGCCGCCACGCAGAAGAGAAAAGAGGACGCGUCAAGACGAAGAACACAGCAGCAGACAGAGAAGGAGAUGCUCAGCCUCAACCGCAAGGAGUUGAUUCUGGACCGUCUCAGAUGCUUCGAGGCCUCCAAGGACAUGCGUGCAUCGCUGGAGGACACCUGGAGGGACAGCGCCCGGCUGAAGCUACGCCGGGAGGAGGAGGAGAAGAGCUUCCGCAGGUCCGGGGGGACCCUCCUGUUGGAUCAGGGCGACCAGCACCGCCGCUGCCACCAGUGCAAGAGGAAGCCUGGUAACCAGGGCCAGAGCAACAUCUGGAGAGAGUCGUGUUACACCUCUGGCUCGCGCAUCAUGAUGUGAUGAAACACCACUGGAUGACCAGGCAGCCGGGAGACCAACUAAAGGGGACCUUUAUGGGGAAUUUGCGUGCCACUAAUCGUUUGGGGAUUUUUGUAUUUUGUGGAGGUAUUCUCUGCGAAUUGGGUUUGUUGUUGUGUAGGAGUGGUUUUUCUUUGAGUCGUGUGGUCAUUCGAGAGGUAUUGAAAUAAUUUAGAUUAUCACUAUUUACUAGAGCUGUCAAGCGAUUAAAAUAUUUAAUCGUGAUUAAUCGCAUUAAUGUCAUAGUUAACUCUAAUUAAUCGCGAUUAAUCGCAAAUUAUUUUUCUAUGCUAAAUAUCCCUUGAUUUUUU